AUGUCGAAGCAAGCUCGUGCGGUGCUCCAGGACGAAGGUCGUGCGGUGGACCUCUACUUCGGGAAAAACAAGGCCCAGAUGAGAAUGAUGACACUGAAGCAUGCUUUCGCUUUGUCUGCGAAUGCAACAAUCUGCGAGCACGUCGCCCUGCACGGUUGGGUUCACAAGGGCAUAGAGCCUGAUGGACGUUUCCUGGACGCUCAAGCCCUGGUCCAAGGCAGAGUCGUGCAGUUGAGGAACUGCAAGCGAAGCCGCCACUGCAGCCCCAAGUCGCGGAAGACUCGCAGGCUAGGUGACAGCAGCUCCCCUGCAGACUCCAAGCAGCCUUCGGACACACCAGGGAAACUUUUGCGGAAGGAAGAGAUGGCCAUGCUAACACAGCGAAGUGUCAGCGACCAGCUCAACUGA